AUGGCCUCACAACGAGAAGCUCCUCUCUACUCAAGAUCAAAAGGAAAACACAAAAAGGGACUAUACAGCUUGAAAGCUAAAUCAUCAAUGAAGGAUACUGCGAUCAUGCUUCUGGCGACCUUCUCCGGCUGGAUCGUUGGGUGGAUACAGCUACGGCAGCAGAACUUGGAGGCAACUCUGUUUCAGACUCAUCCCAAAACUAUGAGUGUUGCGGUGUACUCUUUGGUAGUUACAUGGUUUCUUUAUGGUUUUAAGCUAAGAUUUCCAACACUCUAUGAAGCUUAUCUGGUUACUGUUCCUGUUGGGGUGGAUUUCUUUGGAUCACUAUCCAUGGUGAGUGCCCUCUCGUUUCUACUUUCCGACACUGUUCGACCACUCCUGUAUUUCUUGGACCUUCUUAUGCCUGCGGCCAAUAUAAUCUCUUUGAUUUUCCAAAAACUUGAGGCAAGGUUUGGUGAAACAGAGUUUUGGAUUAGAAAUGUUCAUCCUGUUCUAUUGAAGCUGAAAAGGAUGGUGAACAGGGCACGGCGAAUGCGGCCCAUCCUUCCUCUGUGAUUCUUCUACCAAAUUGAAACCCAUUGCUAGUCGUCAGUUAAAAGCUUAGCCAUCCGAGGUGGUCUCUCUGAACAUA